GGUACUUUACAACCAAUACAACCACCUGAUGGAGUAUGGCAAUUAGUAGCUAUGGAUUUUCAUGGACCUAUUACACCAAUAUCUCAACGCGGCAAUAAAUAUAUCAUAUCUCUUACCGAUGUUUUAUCCAAAUUCGUUGUUACCAAAGCUGUACGUGAUAAUACAGCUCAAACAGCUGUUAGAUUUCUUAAAGAAGACGUUAUCGCAAAAUUUGGAACACCUCGAUGUCUUCUUACUGACAAUGGAACACAUUUUACAUCAACAUUAAUGAAUGAAUUAUGUAAACAAAUUGGUAUCACACACUUGUAUUCAACACCAUACCAUCCUCAAACUAAUGGUCAAGUUGAAAGAUAUAAUUCAACUAUGGACGCAAAAAUUGCAGCAUUAUCAAAUUUUAAGAAAACUGAUUGGGAUGAUCAAUUACCAUUUGUUACAUUUAAUUAUAAUGCUACAAUUCAUUCAACUACAAAACAAAUACCAUUCCAAAUGAUGUACGGACGAUUACCAACAUUACCCUUCGAUUAUCAAGCCGAUAACGUCACAUUAUCAUAUGAUGCUGAACAUACCGUCAAACUCAAAAAUUUUUUGUCAAAAUGA